CAAGAAACCUCAAAUCAUAAAUACACACAUAUUAGCUCAAACGGAGCAGCACUUCAACCGAAAAGCUAAUAAACAAAAAAAAAACAUAUUUUGUGGCCUAUAAAGUUGUUUAAAUUCCACUCUAAACCCUAACGAAUCACAUCUAGCUAGAGAUUCAAUGGAUAACCAAGAAGUUGUCAAGAGAAGACUAGCCGUUCUCGUCGGCUGCAACUACCCUAACACAAAGAACGAGCUUCACGGCUGCGUCAACGAUGUUUUAGCCAUGAAAGAAACUCUUUUAACCCGUUUCGGAUUCAAACAAGAAAACAUGGAGGUUCUAACGGACGAGCCUGAGUCAAAGCUAAAGCCUACUGGAGCCAACAUCAAGGCUGCUUUACGUAGGAUGGUGGAUAAAGCUCAAACCGGAUCUGAAAACGUCUUGUUCUUCCACUAUAGUGGCCAUGGAACUCGGAUUCCUUCGGUUAAACCUGCUCGUCCUUUUAAACAAGACGAAGCUAUAGUCCCUUGUGAUUUCAAUCUCAUCACAGAUGUUGAUUUCAGAGAACUUGUUAAUCAACUUCCCAAGGGGACGAGCUUUACCAUGAUCUCAGAUUCUUGCCACAGUGGUGGCCUCAUUGACAAGGAGAAAGAACAAAUUGGUCCCUUCUCUGGAGUUAGAUCUCCGGCCAUGGAGACAACGUCGACAAUAACAUCACGUGCCUUACCCUACAAGGAAGUUCUCGACCACUUGAGUUCUCGUACCGGAAUCUCAACUUCAGACAUUGGUACACACCUACUCGAGCUCUUUGGUGGCGACGCUGGUCUAAAGUUCCGGCUACCGGCUAUGGAUUUGAUGGAUCUUUUGGAGAACAUGAAGGCGCGUGAAAGACACGUUGACUCAGGGAUACUGUUGAGUGGGUGUCAGGCCGAUGAAACGUCUGCUGACGUUGUAAGUGGCGGUGGGAAGGCGUAUGGAGCGUUUAGCAACGCGAUUCAGACGGUGCUGAAGGAAAACAGAGGUGCCUUGAAGAACAAGGAACUAGUGAUAAUGGCAAGAGAAGUGCUUGAGAGACUAGGGUUUCAGCAACACCCUUGUCUUUACUGCAGCGACCAGAACGCGGACGCAACGUUUCUGUCUCAACCUUGAUUCGAUUAUAUUUAAUGAAUAAAAGCGUUGUCGUUGUGUUUCUUUUAUUUGUGUUGUCGUGUUUGAUGUGUAUUUUCACUCUUUCAAAGGUGUGUGUGUUCCAUAAUUAAAAGGAAGAAUAAAUUGCUACGAAUUUAAAACAUAA